AAAUUUUUAAAGUCAUCUUGUCAAAAUGGCGGCCGCAACUGUACAACAACAAAGCAUUACCGAUUAUUUAUCGAAAAAACAGAAAGAAAGCCCCAAAGACCUCGUGUCGGUAUGGGCAACCUUAGAGGAAUUACAUAAUAAAAGAUUAUGGCAUCAGCUAACACUGAAAAUCUUGGCCAUCAUCAAAACGCCAGAAUUGCAAAAAGGCGACAACCUGUUACAGCUCUACAAUAAUUUCAUUCAGACUUUUGAAAACAAAAUCAACCCGCUUUCCUUAGUUGAAAUUGUAGCAAUUGUAAUCGAGCAAAUUAAGCAACCCAAAGAUGCGAUUGCCUUUUUGGAAAAAACUCAACCCAAAGUAAAAGUCAAUUCAGAUGCUCAAAACUUGUGCAAAGUUCUUGCUGGUCAAAUCUAUCUAGAAAAACUUAACGAUUUAGAUAACACAAAAAAAAUCAUCGAAGAAGUUGAAGAGACCCUAGAUAAUGCAGACGGAGUAACACCAGUCCACGGAAGAUUCUACUUGCUAGCUUCUCAAUACUACAGAAUACAAGGCAAUCAUGCCCAAUAUUACCGUACGGCUUUACGUUAUUUGGGCUGUAUCGAAUUGGAAACCCUUACUGAGGAAACCAAGAUGCAACACGCCUUCUUUUUGGGUUUAGCCGCUUUGUUGGGAGAAGGCAUUUAUAAUUUGGGAGAGCUUUUGGCUCACCCCGUUUUGCAAUCUCUGCAAAGUACGGAAAAUGCUUGGCUCAUUGAUUUGCUGCACGCGUUCAAUUCUGGAGAUAUCAACAAAUUUGAGGAGAUGAAGACGAAAUGGGGCUCAAUUGCCGAUUUAGCUGCUCAAGAAUUGUUUUUGAGGCAGAAAAUUUCAUUGUUGUGCCUUAUGGAGAUGACAUUCAAAAGACCUUCACACGAUAGACAACUAACUUUUGCCGAAAUUGCUAGCGAAACUAAACUACCUGUCAAUGAAAUUGAACUUUUGGUCAUGAAAGCUUUGUCUCAAGGUUUGGUUAAGGGUGCAAUAGACCAGGUUGCCAGUACCGUUAACAUGACUUGGGUGCAACCGAGAGUAUUAGACAGAACUCAAAUAACAACCAUGGUUGAAAGACUUAAUCAGUGGUGUACACACGUGGGUACCAUGGAGAAGCUGCUUGAAGAAAAAGCCAGUGAAAUUCUCACUUUGUAGUUGAAAUAACAGGUUUUCUUUGUAUAAAUAUCUCCUUUUAUAAAAUAACAAUUUUCAGCUGUUGCCGCUUAAAACUGGUUUUUUAUAAUACUACUUACAAACAUUAAUGAAAAUUUUUGUACCGAAUUUACCAGAAAUUUAUUUUUUUGAAAGUAUGGCUUGAUUUUCUUCUUCGCAAAAACCUAUAUUUAAUUUUAAAAAAACCAAUAAAGAUUUUUAAAAAUUCUCCCAA